AUGUCAAUAUAUGUACAGUCUCUGUUACAAAAUUAUAGUUUAUCUGUUGAUAUUAAAAAUCCUUUUAGCCAAGCACACCUCACAAUGGCAUUCUUGUCUCGCCAUUUUCAUUUCACUCUGGCUUUAUUCCAAAGAUCUACCGUUCUGACAACCAACAAACGUCUACACGCCAUGAGUACGGAACAAACCUCCCAGUCUCUGAAACGUCAACAUACAACCAACAAUUAUGGCUAUUCAAAGACAGGUGUACCCAUGAAGAUCGUCUUGGACAACCGCGAACAAAAGAUCUGCGAAUUACUUCAAAACGUCUCACAUUAUCUCGCAAAAGAACGCCCAGAUCUACCCCUGAUUGAAUCUCGCAUUGCAGGUGGAUGGGUUCGAGACAAGUUACUCGGAAAAGAAUGUCAUGACAUUGACGUGGCCGUUAAUUCCAUGAUGGGAUUUGAGUUUGCGCAGUAUGUCAAUAAGUACCUUGAAGCCAACAACUGCCCCACAAGAUCGAUUGCCAAGAUUGACAGUAACCCAGCAAAGUCAAAGCAUCUCGAGACAGCCACCACAAAAUUAUUUGAUCUCGAGAUUGAUUUCUGUAAUUUACGCACAGAAAUUUAUACUGAAGAUAGUAGAAUUCCAGCAAAAACAUUUGGUACACCUCUUGAAGACGCCUAUCGCAGAGAUACCACUAUAAACAGUUUAUUCUACAAUGUCAAUACUUCUUCUGUAGAAGACUUUACAGAAAAGGGAUUGUCUGACCUGACCCAUGGAUUGAUCAGAACACCUUUGUCUCCCUUUGAAACCUUUAGAGACGAUCCUUUGCGUGUACUUCGAUGCAUUAGAUUCGCCAGUCGAUUCGAUUUUGACAUGGUUUCUGAACUGUGUGAGGCAGCAAAACACCAUGAUAUCCGGGAAGCACUAUUGUCCAAGAUCAGUCGGGAAAGAAUUGGAUCCGAACUCGAGAAAAUGAUCACCGGCCCUUCGCCUCUUCACUCUAUCCAAUUGAUCCAAAAUCUUGGUCUCUACAAUGUUGUGUUUUCAUCUCCUCCCACUAUCGUGUCUGGUUCUCCAGAGGAUCCCAAAAUUGCUGUCAAGGCAGUCGGUGCUGUUGAAUGGUUAUCUAAAGGAAAUACUCACAAAGAACAACUCUUAUCAAAAUCAAGUGAUGAACUCAGAACCCUUUAUUUGGGUGCCAGUGUUUUACCCUAUAUUAAAGUCAAGGGAGAAUACAAAAGAAAAAUCAUCCCUGCUGUUCAGAUUGUUUUGCGUGAUUCUUUAAAGACCACAAAUCUAGACAUCACUACCAUAUCAAAUAUUUUUGAAAUCAUCCCUACGCUACGUGAAGCAUCAAACAAAAAUAUCGAUGGUGGAAUCAAACGCUCAGAAUUAGGUGUCAUUAUCCGUAACCUUGGACAUCUUUGGACAACAGCAAUAAAGCUUGCAUUGAUCAAAGAAUUGUUGGAUACCUUUGAAGAAGUACCUUGGGAGAACCCAUCUUCUAUUCAAGAUAAUAUUGGAGAGGAACUUUGCAGCAAGUACAAUGCAUUGAUCUCAAGAGCUUACGAAUACGGAAUUGAGACAUGUUACACCUGGAAACACCGUAUGGAUGGUAAACAAGUAGCAAAACUAUUGGGGAUCAAGCCAGGUCCGGGUAUGUCUAACCUGCUCUUUAAUGAGAUGGUUUGGCAAUUGGACUACCCUAAUGGCACAGACCAAGAGUGUGAAGAUGCUAUCCGUAAAUAUUGGGCAACAGUAUCAAAGGCAUAA